CUUCGCCCGCAAAAGAAGCCUGAAGGCUCGCCAGUAAACAACGUGCCGAGCAGUCCACAACAAGCCAUGAACAUGCAUCUUGGAGGCGCGUUCCCGUUCUCAUUGGUGCCGUCGACAUCGACAGCAUCGUCGCAGGCGUCGGUCAUCAUGAGUUCCUCAGAUUCAGCUCGUGACGAUGUAACACCACCGGCUGGAAAGAGGAUGAAAACCGAAGAGGAUGAGGAAAAAUCUGCAAGAUUACUUACCGGUUUGCUGCCACAAGGCUUCCCAUCGUUGCCGUUUAUGCUCCCUGGUGGACUGCCACAUCAGUUCCAGAUGCCUGAUAUGGAUUCACUGAAUGCAAUGAAUACGCCAAAACAACCGGGUACAGUGAAACGCCAGUACUCGUCUAACGGGAAGAACUAUUGCGAUUUGUGUAACAAAGAGGUGUGUAACAAAUACUUCUUACGUACACAUAUGCUGAAAAUGCAUGGUAUAGUGAUCGAUGAGAAUAAGACUGUGAUCGCCAAUAUUGAUACAUUGGAAAAGGAACGUAUGGGAACCCUGUCGUUCAGAUGUGACAUAUGUCAUACGGAGCACAAAUCCCGACAUCUGCUUCGACAGCACAAGCAGGACGUUCAUGGUGUGGUGCCUUUAUCGACGCCAUCGAAUAGAAAACCGUCCACAAUGUCAUCUCCGGCGAUUGGCGGUGGCAGCGGUUCCAUCGGCAGUGAUGAGAAGCUCGAAAAAUGUCCAUUAUGCGAACGGCGUAUGCCAGCCUCGAAUCUUACCUCCCAUAUCCAAAAUGAACAUACCGGAGGUGGUGGGAUGUCGAUGACCCAGGCUCCACCGGCAUCGCCCACGUUAGAAUGCAAAUUCUGCCCGACAACGUUCAAAGAUCAAAUGGAAUUGCAUCUUCAUCAAAUUAAUCAACAUACCGUCGAAUUGUUGCAACAAUCACAGCACACCGAC